UAUUCUCUCAGCAAUGGCGGUUUCUAAGCAGCUUCUUCUGGUGGUGCUUCUUGGUGCACUUAUUUGCGCCACUAAUGCUCGGAAGCUUGUGAGUCAAAAGGGUGCAUUUAACGAAGAGAAGAAUUUCUUCCACCACUUCCCUGGCUUUGGCGGUGGGAUAGGAGGUGGUGGCUUGGGCGGUGGGAGCGGCUUGGGUGGUGGAGCUGGACUUGGUGGGGGCCCUGGCUUGGGGGGAGCCGGAGGUGGAGGGUUUGGUGGUGGGGGUGGGGGUGGGCUAGGUGGAGGCCUUGGAGGUGGAGGUGGUGGAGGGUUUGGUGGCGGCGGCGGUGGCAGCCUAAUCGGUGGCGGAGUAGGCGGUGGAUAUGGUGGAGGAGCUGGCGGAGGGUUUGGAGGAGGAGGUGGCGGCGGUAGUGGUGGUGGCAGUGGUGGUGGCUCUAGUGCCAAUGGAGGGUCUGGUGGUGGUGGAGGUGGUGGCGGCGGAGGUGGUGGCGGUGGCGGUGAGGGCAAAGGUGAAGGUGAAGGAUAUGGUCAUGGUGAGGGUGGUGGUGGUGGUUUUGGGGUCGGUGGGGGUGUAAUUGGUGGCAAAGGUUAUGGUGGCAAGAAUGGAAUUGGCAUAGGAUUCGGCAUGGGCAUUGGAUUUGGGUUUAGUAUUGGAGGUGACGGAGGUGAUGAUACCAAUGCUAAUGGUGAACCCUAG